AAUGAAUUUGGAUCUUCCUCACUAAGCUCCAGAGACCACCCUCUUAAGUGUUCCUGUUAGCUACAGAAUGAUCUGUGAGACAGGGUGAGUAUAGGAUGAGGGAGGGGAGAUUUUCCCAAAAGCCACCUGCUAUUGUGAGUAGCCUGCCCAGGUAGCAGUUAGGUUAUAAUGUAAGGGGUCAGCACAAGUUGACCAGAAAGAGAGUUCUGUAUAUUCCUUACAGAAUGAAUGGAGGGGAAUAUUAGAGGUAGUGUUGGGGGCAGUUUUAGAAGAUAAGGGUGUGUUUGCAUUGGAAACAAUCCCCAUAACUGGCUAUCAUGAGAAGGAUGAGAUAUAACCCAUAUUCCCACUUUGUGAUUGAUCACACACUCCUUUGGAUCAUUUUAUGGUCCUCUUCAUGUGAAACCAUGGCUCCCAAGGAUGGACUACUGAUCUAGUUUAGUUCCUUUAUUUUGCAAAUGAGAAAACUUGAGUCUCAGACAGAGUAAGUGACAUGCAUGCAACAUGAUGUGUAAUGGAUUUGGAUUUGAAGAACCUGGAUCAGAGCUCAGCUUGGUGACCGUUACCUGUUUGACUUCAAACAAGUGAAUAGGACUCAGUUUCCUCAUUUGUAAAAUCAGGGCAUUUGGCUUUGUACUCACUAAGCUCUUUCUAGCUUCAAAUCUUGUGAAAUACUGGUAGUAAGAAACAGAACAAGACUCAAAAAUAAUAUGUAGUUGAGUCUGCAAAGUCUUCUCAUCCCAAGACUAGAACCCUUUCCACUAGAUCCUCAUGCUAUAGAGACCAUAUUGUUCUAAAGUGACAGUUCUUAAGGAAACAGGUGGAAAUGUGAUCCAUACUAUGAGAAAGGAAUUAGAUUUCAUGACAGUGCCAAGCAAUCUACUUCAGCCUCAAUGAAGAAUUAGAAUAAAGAUAAAAAGAGAAAACUUAAGAGGAAAAAGAAGGCUGUUUUCAAGGAUUUGAAAGGUGAAAGUUGAAUAGGACAGAAAAAGAUGAUUGUAAAAUUCAGGAUAGCCCAAGGUGCCUGGUUCAGUCUUGUAGAUUAAUAGAAACUCCCACAUAGUAUUUUCAGAUGGAAUAGAAUAUGAAGUGAUUGAAAAAUGUUGUAGAACAGGGAAGAUUGGGCAGAAUUUACUGAAAGAGGUGAAGGAGGGAGAUUUCCUCAUCUCCUUUGUUCUCUCUGGAAGCAGGAAGAUUGUUUGGGUGACCUCUGCUAGACAGUUCCCAUACCUUUAGUACAGGAACUGAGGGAGUGAAAAGGUUAAAUUUCUCAUCCAAGAUGAGUUCAGCCAGCCCUGUGAAAUGGUGGCAGCAGAAUGCCAUCAGACUCUCUAAUCUUAUUUCUAUCACGCUUACUUUCUUGGAGCCCAUCAAGCAGUGUGCUGGCCAAGAGAUCCAGUUCAGUGUAUGAUGAACAUCCCAGUCGCUUUGUUCCUGAAAAUGGCAAAAGGGCAGUAAUUUAGAAAACAUAUCCUGCUCUUUAAGAAAGGAUGAAAGGCUCCGUCUCAGAAGACCUAGGUUGCCGACGAGGGGAAUUCAGUAGAAAACAUUAUGGAUCUGUGGAGCUGCUUAUUUCCAGUGAUGCUGAUGGAGCUAUACAAAGAGCUGGAAGAUUCAGGGUGGAAAAUGGCUCUUCAGAUGAGAAUACUCCUGACUUGCCAGGUAUCUGGCGUAGAACAGAUGUGCAUCUGGAAAACCCAGAAUAUCAUACCAGAUGGUAUUUCAAGUAUUUCUUAGGACAAGUUCAUCAGAACUAUGUUGGCACUGAUAUAGAGAAGAGCCCUUUCUUCCUAUCUGUAGCACUUUCUGACCAGAACAAUCAACGUGUUCCUCAAUACCGGGCAAUUCUCUGGCGAAAAACAGGUACCCAGAAAAUAUGCCUCCCCUACAGUCCCACAAAGACACUCUCAGUGAAGUCUAUUUUAAGUGCCAUGAAUCUGGAAAAGUUUGAAAAAAGCCCCAGGGAAAUUUUUCAUCCUGAGAUACAGAAGGACUUACUGGUUCUUGAGGAGCAAGAGGGCUGUGUAAAUUUCAAGUUUGGGAUUCUUUAUGCCAAAGAUGGGCAACUCACUGAUGAUGAAAUGUUCAGUAAUGAAAACGGCAGUGAAGCUUUUCAAAAAUUAGUGAAUCUUUUGGGUGACACAAUUACACUGAAAGGCUGGACAGGGUAUCGAGGAGGUCUGGAUACCAAAAAUGACACUACAGGACUACAGUCUGUGUAUACUGUGUACCAAGGACAUGAGAUUAUGUUUCAUGUUUCUACCAUGUUACCGUACUCUAAAGAAAACAAACAGCAAGUUGAAAGAAAGCGCCAUAUUGGAAAUGAUAUUGUCACCAUCGUGUUCCAAGAAGGAGAAGAAUCUUCUCCAGCAUUUAAGCCUUCUAUGAUUCGCUCUCAUUUUACACAUAUUUUUGCCUUAGUGAGGUAUAAUCAACAAAAUGACAACUUCAGGCUGAAAAUAUUUUCAGAAGAAAGUGUGCCCCUUUUUGGCCCGCCCUUGCCAUCCCCACCUGUGUUUACAGAUCACCAGGAAUUCAGGGACUUUUUGCUAGUGAAAUUAAUUAAUGGUGAAAAAGCUACCUUGGAAACUCCAACAUUUGCCCAGAAAAGACAGCGAACUCUGGAUAUGUUGAUCCGAUCUUUAUAUCAGGAUCUGAUGCCAGAUCUGCAUAAGAAUAUGCUUAAUAGACGAUCUUUUAGUGAUGUCUUACCAGAGUCACCCAAGUCAGCUCGGAAGAAAGAAGAAGCCCGUCAGGCAGAGUUUGUUAGAAUUGGACAGGCACUGAAACUGAAAACCAUUGUGAGAGGGGAUGCUCCAACUAGCUUGGCAACUUCAAGUCUCUGUAAAAAAGAGCCGUGGGAGUCCCAGUGUUUCUGCAGUAAUUUUCCUCACGAAGCUGUAUGCGCAGAUUCCUGGGGCCAGGCCUUGCUGGUCUCUACAGAUGCUGGCGUCUUGCUAGUAGAUGAUGGCCAACCAAUAGUACCAGUAUUUGACAAAACUCUGCAAGUGAAGCAGAUACAUGUAUUGGAAUCCUUGGACCUACUAAUUACCAGAGCAGACAAAGGGAAAGAUGCUCGCCUCUUUGUCUUCAGGCUAAGCACUGUGAGGAAAGAUGUGGAGGGGAAGCAGAUAGUGAAGAGCAAGUAUGACUGUAGAGAAAACAAACUUGAAAAAACAAAAGGUUGCCAUUUGUAUGCCAUUAAUACUCAUCACAGCAGUGAAUUGAGGAUUAUUGUUGCAAUUCGCAACAAGCUGCUUCUUAUCACAAGGAAACACAAUAAGCAAAGUGGUUUAACAAGCCUUUCAUUGCUAUCUUCAUUGUCAGAAUCACCUGUUGAAGAAUUCCAGUAUAUCAGGGAGAUCUGUUUGUCUGACCCCCCUGUGGUGAUGACCCUGGUGGAUGGGCCAACUGAAGAGAAUGACAAUCUGAUUUGUGUGGCAUAUCGGCAUCAGUUUGAUUUGGUGAAUGAGAGCACAGGGGAAUCUUUCAGAUUACACCAUGUGGAUGCUAACAGGGUUAAUUUUGUUGCAGCUAUUGAUGUAUAUGAAGAUGGGGAAGCUGGCCUCCUGCUGUGUUACAACUAUAGUUGCAAUUAUAAAAAGGUGUGUCCUUUUAAUGGUGGCUCUCCUUUGAUCCAACCCUCAGCAUCAGAUUUUCACUUUAGUUGGAACCAGGUUCCUUAUGCUGUUGUGUGUGCUUUUCCAUAUAUUUUGGCCUUUACUAUUGAUUCCAUUGAGAUCCGCUUAGUGGUGAAUGGAAACUUAGUGCAUACAGCUGUUGUGCCUCAACUUCAGCUCGUGGCUUCAAGGUCAGACAUAUACUUCAAAGCCGCCGCAGCUGUAAACGGUGCGUCCAGCAGCAGCUCUAAGGAUGCCAGUGCCCACAGCUCUCCGCAGACACCCACAGGCCGGGAGACUCCAGUGUUUCUUUCUUCCCAGGGGGAAGGUGACAUUCCCUGUAAAAACCUAUACAAGAUUCCUCUGAGAAACCUUGUUGGCAGAAGCAUUGAGCGACCUCUCAAGUCACCCUUGGUACCCAAGGUCAUCACCACCCCAACAUCAGUGGGGAUUGGCAUAGCAGCCAUUCCUGUCACUCACUCCUUAUCCCUAUCUCGGAUGGAAAUUAAAGAAAUAGCAAGUAGGACACGAAGAGAACUACUGGGACUGUCUGAUGAAGUAGGACCCAGGUCUGAAGGAGCACCAAAGCAGAAGACAGCAUCCCGAAAGCAGCUAGAAGGGGAACCCAAGCAGGGGGCAGUGAGAUCAACAAGCAGUGACAGGAUCCUAUCAGGCUCGUUUGAAAGACCUGUUUUUGAAGACAACUCUGAUGGGCGUCUCCUUUCUACAAGUUCAGAUCCUGAUACCUUGGCCACCAGAGAGGAGAGUCCACCCUCCGGAAGCCCAUUUCAGCUCACAGCUUCCUUUGAUGAAGAUAUUAUUGACUUGAAGUAAAGACAAUCUUAAUCAUA